AUGUCUCGUAGCCAUCGAGACGGAAAGAGGGACGAGUCUCGCACGUGCUUCGAUGAAGGGGAGCAGGCGAGGAUGGAGUGGGACUUGAGCUGGCGGCCUCGGGAAGCGGUAAGGAGAGAGGCGCUGCUGGAGAGUGAGGCGGCGAGGUGUCCAAGGGCUCAGCAGGUGAAAAUGGCAAGGGUGAGCUGUUGUCGUCAUGGGAGGUAG